AACUAUAAGAUCCCCCUCCCCACCCAAAGGAAAAGGAAGAAGUGAACAACAGAGUAUAGUUCUUCCUUUUGUCAACACUAUAUCCUCUCGCCUGAAACGAGCAUUCCAAGACAAGGACAUCAGUGUUGCCUUCAAAAGCCCUAACACACUAAGAAGUAGGUUGGUCCACCCAAAAGACAAAAUCUCAGGAUAGGAAAAGACAGGUAUUGUGUACAAGAUUACGUGCACAGACUGUAACAAUUCAUAUGUUGGGGAAACUGGCAGAACUCUUAAUGAGCGUCUAAAAGAUUACAAAAGAGCCCUCAGAUUGAGCAACCCAUCCCAUUCAGCAUUAGCUGAACAGGAUGUCCUCGUAAUAGACUUUGAAAGUAACUUCUGGGCAAGAAAGGUGAAAGAGUCCAUGUGGAUUAAGAGAAUUAAGCCAUCACUAAACAGGGACUCUGGGUACCUAUUGUCACCGAUCUUUGGUACAGUGAUCACAGGACACCAGGCAGUGCAGCGAAGCAAACGUGUGACUCAGACUGAUCACUUACCUUGAGAAAGUCCACAGGAGUGGACGAAAGCUUGCAUAACAAAAUUAAGACAAAACUGCGGGGAUUGUAUGUAUCACCCAGAGCACUCCGAAGGUUGAACCACGGUCUGACAGCCUGAGACCAGCCCCCUCUCAUCCUCCAAUGGAUGCAGCCGGUUCUCAGGAAACACAGGUCCUCGACUUCAAGCAUAGGGAGGAGGAGCCAUCACCGGGUGGUCAGGGAGAUGAGCAGAGAAAGGAGGAUGUUGCUGAGGUCGAAGAGAUGAAGAGGGAGGAUGAAUCAAAAGGCUUCAAUCAUCAAGAAGACAUGGAGUCCUGUGGACAUACAGAAGAAGCUACCAUCGGUCCUGUAUCAGUCGAGGAGUUUGCAGACCAUGUCAAGAUAAUGAAAGAUGACAGUACAACUUUCGACGAUGAAUGGGCCCGACUAUACGACCACAGAUACAAGUUACAGACCUUUGCAAUGAUGGAAGCAAACUUCAAGAAGAACCGCUACAAAAACAUUCUUCCUUAUGACCACGCUCGAGUGAUUCUUGACCUGAUCGGAGAUGACCCUCAUAGUGAUUACGUCAAUGCUAGUUACAUCCAGAGUUUCACAAAGGAAAAUACCUACAUCGCAUCACAGGGACCUAAUGUAACUUCUAUAGCUGAUUUUUGGAGGAUGGUUUGGCAGAAGGAGGUGGAAACUAUUAUCAUGGCAACCAAUCUGGUAGACAAGGGAAAGAUCAAAUGUGAGAAAUACUGGCCUGAUCAGGGUGAGGAGAUGUAUUUUGAGGACAUAGUAGUGACGUGUGAAGCUGAGGUUCAUGGCAUACAUGACGCCAGACGAUCGCUCGUUCUUCACAAGGACGAGGAGGUUCGUUGCUUGGAUCACUUUCAUUUCACUCGCUGGCCAGAUAAAGGAGUUCCUAGGAACGUAUCCGUACUACUCAGAUUCAUCCAAGAGGUCAAUCAGUCACGUGAUGAUAAAUCUACACCUCUAUUGGUUCAUUGCAGUGCUGGCGUGGGUCGUACAGGAGUGGUGAUCGCAUUGGAUAAUGAGAUGCAAAGAGCCAAACAAACUGGAUUUGUUGAUAUCUUCAACUUCGUUCGAGCGAUGAGACAACGCAGACCACAAAUGGUUCAAACACCUGAACAGUAUGAAUUCAUCCAUGACGCCAUGUUGGAAUUUCUUGUCGGCCAUGACACUAUGAUACCACGUGAUCGAUUCAUCGAACAUUUCGCUGACUUGCGGACCAAAUCAGAUCAAGAUGUCACCUUGACUAAACUAGACCAAGAAUUUGAGAUCAUGAACAAAGUUUGUCAUGAGCCACCGAUGGACGCCACCAACGUUGGAAAACUGGAAGAAAACGCAUCAAAGAAUCGCUACCAAAACGUCUUGCCUCGAGAUACACAUCGGCCUCUGUUAAUAUCCUUCAGUACUGAUACAUCCACCCAGUAUAUCAACGCAACAUUCUGUCAGGGCUACAAAGACCGUGAAAAGAUAAUCACAACACAGAUGCCUCUAUCACAGACUGUUACUGACUUUCUUCGACUGAUAUACGACUACCGUAUCAGUACCAUCGUCAUGCUCAACGAUCUCUCCAAAGAAGAUGCUUCUUCUAUUUACUGGGAUGAGGCCAAUCCAAACAUCAAGCAACCUUUCUCCAUGAAUGUACUGGACACAGUGGAAUCUGAGCAUUGGACAGAACGUACAUUGGAACUCAAACACAGAAAGAACACAAGGAUCAUCCAACAUUUCCAGUUCUUAUCAUGGAAGGAAGUGGACUCAGUAGACUUCUACCAAACAUUACUCGACUUCAUGAACAAUGUAACGAGCCAGCAAGGGGGUGACAGCCCAGUCCUUGUACACUGUCUGAAUGGCGUUGGACGGACGGGAGUGUUCUGUGUAGUCAAGAUGUGUCUAGAUCAACUGGAGGUUGAAGACGCAGUCGAUGUUUUUCAGAUCGUGAAGGCUCUGAGACAUGACAACUUCCAGAUGAUACAGAGUUUGGAGGAUUAUAAGUUGUGCUACCGCAUUUUAAAUCAUCUGAUGGCGAUGUCACAAGAGAACACUCUACAAUCCACUCAGGAGUUUGACAUGGAAAAGGAUGACGGUCUAUCGGAGAGUGUAUCGACAAGAACGGGUGAUGAAGAGUGUGAGGAUGUUGAAAUUGAUCCCAUUGAGUACUACGCUCAUAACGACGAUGAUAUACAGGAUGAAGACGCGGAUAGCAAGGAAGGAUUACAUGACCUUGAGAAAUCUCUAACAAGAGAUCUUCACCUUUCCGAGUUCGAUGAGGUGACCAUUACUAAGCUCUAGUAGUCUUACCACAACAGUUCCGAUUCCUUAUUGUCAAAGGGAAACU